GCUCGUCUGGUUGUUAGUAGCUUAUUGAUCCCAGAAUCCCAUCAAGCAGCUUCUUGAAGGAUCCCAGGGUGUCAGCUUCAACAACAUUACUGGGUAGUUGGUUCUAGACCCUCACAAUUCUCUGUGUAAAAAACUGCCUCCUAUUUUCUGUUCUGAAUGCCCUUUAUCUAAUCUCCAUUUGUGACCCCUGGUCCUUGUUUCUUUUUUCAGGUGGAAAAAGUCCCCUGGGUCGACAUUGUCAAUGCCUUUUAGAAUUUUGAAUGCCAGGUGAUUGCAAACCAGACAAAUGGAACAAAUUCAACUUCAGCUUCAAGAAAUUGAGUUGCUGCAAUGCAUGUACCCAUCUAAAGAUGAAUUUAGGAUUCAAGAUGUGACAGUGCUUGCAGAUAUGUACCAGUACGUAAAUGGUGAAGUUGACACCCCUCCUAGAAACUUGGAGUUUACAGUGCAGUUUGUUUUAGAAAGGGAAUGUGGUGGUAAUUUGGUCUUUCAAGUAGAUGCCUUUUUCCCUAUAGAUUAUCCAAAAUGCCGUCCAGUUCUGUCUGUAAAAUGUGGGCAGCUAUUAAGAGAUCAAAAUAAAGAACUAAACAGAGACUUGAGAGAAUAUGUUUGUACUCUGGAAAAUGGGGAGAUUUGCAUGAUAAAUGUUCUACAAUGGUUCCAGGACUAUGGCCUUAAAUAUACACAGAAAACAGAAUACACUAAUAUGGAUGAAACAACUGCCAAGGGGAAAAUAAAUGCUGCCAAGUACAUAUUCUCAAGAUACCUAAUUCACAGCCACCACAUAUAUGGCAAAGACAAGCGCCGUAACAUUUUAGAGUGGGCAGGAGAAUUGUCUCUUAGUGGCUUCUGCCUUCCAGGGAAACCGGGCUGUAUCUGUGUCGAGGGUUUGAGAGCUGACUGUGAGGAUUUCUGGUCAAGGACGAGACUGCUAAACUGGCGCAAAAUUACUCUCCGUCAUCUAGAAGAAUUCCAGGUGGAAGGUGAAGCAGAAAUAGAAAAGCUACGAUGCUUUUCAAAGUUUGAAGAAAUGAACUUUGAUCCUCACACCUGCCAUGGUGGAAGAGAAAAUAUCAUGAACAAAGGGAAAUUUUACCAGUUUCUCGUAGCCCACGCAUGCCAACAUAUAUUUUCCUACUUUUUCAAUAUUGAAGGCCAAAUUUCCAAACAGGAGAUUUAAGAAACAAAGCUUGAGAAAUUCCAUUUCUCUGUAACCAAGUGUAGUGAUGAAAUACAAACUUUAAAAUACACACACACACACACACACACGUUAAUAACAAAUUGUGAUUAUUUCCUUUAUUC